AUGGAUGAUAUAGUUAGGAAAGCACAUAGAAAGCCAAAGGCAGGUGCUAAAGCCGACAAGAAGAAAGCGGUCAAGCAAAGAAAGCAAGGUAUCACCAAGGAGGUGCGUGCCAAGAAUCCAAAGGCUUUCGUUUUCUCGUCGGCACACGCAGCACUCAAAUCGCAACGUCGUAAUCUGGAUUUGGAGCAGAAGCGUGUCAAUCUACCGAUUCUCGAUCAAUCUGGUACGGCCGAGGAAGUGCCGCCCAUCGUCAUUGCGGUGGUCGGUCCACCCGCCGUAGGAAAAUCAACGUUGAUUCGCUCGCUCAUCAAGAACUACACACGUUACUCGGUGGGUGAGAUCAAAGGACCGAUAACGAUCGUUGCAUCGAAGCGUCGUCGUAUCACAUUCGUCGAGUGUAACAACGAUCUCAACUCGAUGAUCGAUACCGCCAAGAUUGCAGAUCUCGUACUGCUCUUGAUCGACGCAUCGUACGGUUUCGAAAUGGAGACAUUCGAAUUCCUCAACAUCCUCCAGACACACGGAUUCCCAAAGGUAAUCGGUGUACUCACUCACCUCGACGGUUUCAAAAACAACAAACGUUUGAAGAAAACGAAAAAGAAAUUAAAAGAUAGAUUUUGGACAGAGAUUUAUCAGGGAGCUAAAUUAUUUUAUUUAUCUGGUUUGAUUCAUGGAAAGUAUCCGAAACAAGAGAUUCAUAAUUUGGCACGUUUCAUUUCGGUUGCGAAAUUCACUCCGUUGAGUUGGAGAAAUUCACAUCCCUAUGUGUAUGUCGACCGUUUUGAAGAUACAACCGAUGUCGAACAGAUCAAAACACGACCAAAGGAUAAUCGAUCGAUUUGUCUCUAUGGUUAUGUGAGAGGCACCUAUUUGAAGCCACAUAUGAAGGUUCAUUUGCCGGGUGUCGGUGACUUUAGAAUGAAGAGCAUCACUCCACUCACCGAUCCAUGUCCACUGCCCGACGAUAGAAAGCGUGUACUCAAUGGAAAGGAGCGUCUUAUCUACUCGCCAAUGAGUGAUAUCGGUAAUAUCCUCUACGAUAAAGAUGCUGUAUAUAUCAACAUCCCAGAGAAUAGAAUCAAUUUCUCAAAGUUGGAUAAAGAUGGAAAGUUUGUUGAAAAAGAUGAAAGUGAGGAAGAAGAGGAUGAUGAUGAAAAGGAAAAUGGAGAGGACGACGACGAUGAGGAUAGAAUUGGAGAUGGUGUUGGAAUGGUUAGAAAGUUACAGAAUACUAGAAUUGCUCUCGAUGAAAAGAUGGAGGAUUCAGAGGUAUCGUUGUUCUCAAAGGGUGCACCAAUCAAGUUGACAAACAAUAAGCCGAUUUCACAAAAGAAGAGAGCUGAUCUCGAUCAUGUCGAUGAGCUGAGUGACAGCGAGUACUAUGACGAACCAGCUGGAAUUACAACUAACAACAGCAGCGGUGUUGCCACUAAAAAGUUGGAGAUUAAGCAAGUCGUAGAUGGCAGAGAGAGAAGAAAAGUAAAGUUUGUAGAUCUAAAGAAGACACCCACCGAUUUGGAGAGUGACGACGACAACGAUAAUGAUGACCAAGAUGCCGCCGAUGAUCAAGAUGAAGACGACGAGGAUGACGACGAAGAGCUCGAAGGAUCCAAAGGAAUUCAAUAUGAUGACGAUGAAAGUGCCGAUGAAGGUGUAGAAUUCGAUGAUGACAGUGGUGAAGAGAUGGAUGAUGAUGAAUAUUAUGAUCCACAAUUAGAAAGAGAUGGUGAUGAUGAAGAUGAAGAGGAAGAAGAGGAAGAGGAAGAAGAGGAAGAGGAAGAAGAGGAAGAGGAAGAAGAGGAAGAGGAAGAAGAAGAAGAAGAAGGAGAAAGUUCAAAAUGGAAAGAGAAUAUGCAUAAAUUUGCAAAUAAACCAGCUCCAAAGAUUAGUUUAUCAAAGUUAAUUUACGGUGAUCCAUAUGAAGAUAAGAAGAAACAAAAGAAUUUUGCACAACUAGACGACGAGGAAGAGGAUGACGACGAAGACUUCUUCAAGGUCAAGAAAGGUGGUUUUGGACAGAUGAAGCUAAAGAAAGAUCUAGAGUUGGACGAGACUGGAAUCAAUAGAGUAGAGACAUCAAAGAGCACUCAGUCCAUUCAAAAGUCAUCGGGAUUCAAAGACAACGAUGAUAUCUAUCAGCUCUUGAUAUCGAGAUUCGUUGACAAAGAUGAUUUGGAAUCGGUUGGAGCCGUCGGUCGUGAAGAUGCCAACGACGAUCAAGCAAUGUUUGGUGAUUUCGAAGAUCUUGAAACCGGAAAGAAAUAUGGUCCAGGUUCAACUGCUAAGAGUAAAGAGGAAGAUGGUGAGGAUAGCGAUGACGACAACGACGACAAGAAUAAGAAGAGUAAGGAUGGCAAGGAGAAGACUGACGAUGACGAUGAGAAGCAGUCGGAUGACGACGAGUUUGAAGCUGCCAGAAGACGUAAUCGUGAGAAGAAGGAACGUGAAAUCAAGAGAAUCAACGCCAAGUACGAGGAGGGAGAAGAAGACUUUGCCAGUGAGUUGAACGAAGCCGCCAAGAAACAACGUGCCAUCAACGAAGCAGAGUUUGCCAACGAUGACAAAUUCAGUAGAAUGCAAUACGCAGGUUUUCCAAUUGGUGUUUAUGUACGUAUAGAAUUUGAAUCGGUUCCCUAUGAGAUUUGCCAGCAUUUCGAUCCACGCUAUCCGCUGUUGGUCGGUGGAUUGCAAACCACCGAAGAGAAUCUCGGUAUGGUCAAUGUCAAGAUUAAGAAGCAUCGUUGGCACAAGAAACUGUUGAAAUCCAACGAUCCUUUGGUUAUUUCCAUGGGUUGGCGUCGUUUCCAAACGAUGAUACUCUACUCGAUCCAAGAUAUCAACGGUCGUAAUCGUAUGCUAAAAUACACACCGGAGCAUAUGCAUUGUCAAGGUAGUUUCUAUGGUCCCAUCACACCACCCGGUACCGGUUUCAUUGCGUUCACCAACCUUGGUAACACCCAAGCGUCGUUCCGUGUCAGUGCCAACGGCAGUGUUCUGGAGUUGGACAACACCAUCAACGUGGUGAAGAAGCUAAAGUUGACAGGUCGUCCAAAGGAGAUUCUGAAAAAGACUGCUUUCAUCCAGGGAAUGUUUUCAUCGCGUCUCGAAGUCGCCAAAUUCGUUGGUGCCACCAUCAGAACGGUCUCAGGUAUUCGUGGUCAAAUCAAGAAGCCAAUGAGCAGUCCAGAGGGUGCUUUCCGUGCCACUUUCGAAGACAAGGUUCUGAUGAGUGACAUUGUGUUUUUGCGAACUUGGUACACGAUUACACCGACCAAGUUCUACACGCCCGUUACCAAUAUGCUCACUCAGGAGAAACAAUGGCAGGGUAUGAAGACAGUUGGACAGUUGCGUUUCGAGAAGGGAUUGCGUGCGCCAAUCAAGGAGGAUUCCGUUUACCGUGAGAUUGAGCGUCAACCACGUCACUUCCGUGAGUUGGAGAUCCCCGCUUCCCUACAGAGUCAGCUGCCGUUUGACUUGAAGCCAAAGGGUAAGGUUCUCAAGAACAAGGCCGACGCACUCACCAAUCAUCGUGUCGUUGUUAUGGAGCCACACGAGAAACGUAUUGCCGAGCUUAUGAACAAACUUGAGGUCAUCAAACAAAAGAAACUCGAAAAGGAACAAGAAAAGAAGGAACAGAAACAUAAAGAAUAUAUGGAAAAGAAAAAGAAAUCGGAAAAAGAAAAAGAAGAAAGAGUUAAAGAGCAAAGUAAGAGAAAGUUUAAGAUGGAAGCACUCAAAGGAAAGAAGAAACAAAAACAACAUCAAUAA